CCUGAGCCAGCAGUAGCAGCCUGACAUCUGACGCUGCUGCCGGCCGUCCUCCUCCUCAUCCUACAGGACAAGCGGCGACAUCAGGCUCAAGCCCAGAGCGCUGUGCAGCAGCAGCGCCGCUUCGGAUACCCUGGACAGCGCUCACCCAAUCAGUUGUAAUUGCUGCUGCUGCCUGUGCGGCUCUCCUCCUCAUUGCCUCCCAGCAUGGAACACAUACAGACGCUAGACCAAGAAGUAAAUGAAUUUGUGGAUUAUUUGUUUGGGCCGAGAGAUCCAAGAGUUAGAGGAUGGUUCCUGUUGGACUCAUACCUUCCCACCUUUUCAUUGACUAUCCUAUAUUUAAUUUCCAUAUGGCUGGGGACUAACUAUAUGAAGAACAGGCCAGCAUUCUCUCUUAAAAACCAUUUAAUUAUUUAUAAUCUCGGAGUCACUUUACUUUCCUUGUACAUGUUGAUAGAGCUCAUCCUUUCAACUUGGGAAGGAGCCUAUAACUUACAAUGCCAGAACCUGAGUAGUGCUGGAGAAGCAGAUUUGCGGGUGGCCAAAGUUCUUUGGUGGUAUUAUUUUUCCAAAGCAAUUGAAUUCAUGGACACAAUGUUUUUUGUUUUGCGGAAAAAAAACAGCCAAAUCACAUUCCUCCAUGUUUACCACCAUGCCACGAUGUUCAAUAUAUGGUGGUGUGUACUGAACUGGAUUCCUUGCGGACAGAGUUUCUUUGGACCUACGCUAAACAGUUUUAUCCACGUUCUCAUGUACUCCUACUAUGGUCUGUCCGUUAUUCCAUCCAUGCACAAAUACCUCUGGUGGAAGAAGUACCUCACUCAGGCACAGCUGAUCCAGUUCCUGCUCACAAUCUCGCACACUCUCAGCGCAGCAGUUAAGCCCUGUGGGUUUCCUCUAGGCUGUCUGAUAUUUCAGUCCUCGUAUAUGACUACAUUGGUCAUAUUAUUUGUAAACUUUUAUCUAAAGACUUACAAGACCAGAACAUCAAAAUCCGGUCCAAAUGGAACUAAAGCCAGUGUAGAACUGAAGAAUGGAUUUCAUAAAGACUUGAUCAACGUGAGCAACGGCGUCAUGCACGAGAAACAGAACUAGAUUGUGGAUUAUUAAUAUGCAGCCUCUGUUUAAAAUGAUAUUUAAACACGCGUGUAGGCUUCCUCCUAACCACUGACCAAAUUCUUCAAAGCAUUUUAAAAACAAACAAAACCAUAAUACUACUACUAAUAGAUACUCCAAUUUCUUCUAAUCUUUUGCUAUGUAUGUUAUGACAAAAGUAUGGCAUCAGAAGCUUUUUUUUUUACCAAGAUGUCAUAACAAUAAUACAGAUGGAAAUAUUUUUUAAUUGUAGUCCACAAAAUGCCUUAUAACAUCCCACUUGACAUUUUACAUGUUUUAACAAUGUUUAAUUUAAUGUAGGCCUCUAUAAACACUAAUGUUUAAAUUCUGUGAAAGAUCAGGAGACUUGCUGUAUGUUACUUUCAACAAAUCAGGUAUUGGAGAUUGAGUUUUAUUCUUUCAUACAGUACUAGAAUACCAGCCCACUCCCAGAUUCGAGUAUGACACAAACAGAUAUCAAUACAUAAAAGCACUUUCUACUGACUGCAGUUGCAAUGUCCUCUGACAAUGUAUUGUUUGAUGUUAAACUGGACUGACUUGUAAAGCUACGCGAUAUAUUGGGGUGGUGAGAUCAUCUUGAAUGAUGCCUCUAGACUUGUGUAGACUUUAAGAGGUAACAAUAUGAUGUAAAUUCCAGUUAAAUCGUUGGAUACAAUAUCAUGCCACAUACCCCCAUCCCCAAAUUACUUACCUGUGCUCAGGGAUAUUAAGGUUAAGAAAGACCUCCUAUGUCUUGCAUGCAUCUGCUGCCACUCGCUUUUAUGGUCUUGCAGGCUGUAUAACAUCCCCCACCCCACAGACUGUAGGUUAGGCACCAAUACUGUAAAGUCUGUGGGAGCGUGUGGGAGAGCGCAGUAGCCAGGACCUGCAUAACCCCCUUACCGCCAGAUUCUAGGGAAGUAAAGUGGUGAUGGAGGAGAACGUGUGAUAUUCCAACUAGUGCUGAAAGUUUACAUUUUAGGCAAAUUUAUUAAAAAGCUUAUUGCAGUCUUACGGUAUACACAUAUUAGGUGCUUCUGAAAGAGAACUCACAACCCCAAAAGUGAAGAAUGGUCUUCAGCAGUACUUGAGCAUUCAUAUUUGCAUGUGGUUAAUAUUCUACCUGAAAUGUAUCUUUUAACAAUUCCAGAUAAUAUUUUAAUUUAUUUUGUUUUAGUAAAUUACUUUCUGGAUUUAAAUAGA